ACACUCGUUCUUCUCAACCACCUUCCACGCACAAACUAUCAGUCGUAUCCCCCCUUGACGUCCUCUGCGGCUUUCGAAGCUGUGGGUCAAGCAACGACGCUAACACUGGAGCUAUAAAAAUUAACAACGGGGGCUCCCGUUUAAAGCGCCGCACCAAGCUGACCAGCUAGCGCAGUGUGAUCACUUGCGUCUCUCUCUGAAACGAUUUUGUUUGUUUCGGAGAAGUGCAAAUUGAUUCAAAAACCACUGCCGCCGCAUAUCCUGAUCGGAACCCCCCCACACACCAAAUCGAAGCAAAAUGGUGCAAAAUAAGAUCGCCGAAGUCACUGGAUUCCACCGCUCCUUCAAGGGGCAAAAUCCCUUUGAAUCGGAGGACUUCACUAAAAAUGGAUCCCAUCUUAUCGAUUCAUCAUUUAAUUUUGACUCCUCCCCCAGACAUGACAUGCCUUCCAGUCAGCCUAUUGACAUCCCCGAUGCCAAGAAGAGAAACAAGAAGAAAAAGCGUUGCCGGGCAACUGACAGUUUCUCUGGAAGAUUCGAGGAUGUCUACAGACUGCAGGAAGAGGUCUUGGGAGAGGGUGCUUAUGCCAGAGUGCAAACAUGCAUCAACCUCAUCACCAAUAAAGAGUAUGCUGUAAAGAUAAUCGAGAAAAGGCCGGGUCACAGCCGCAGUCGUGUCUUCCGUGAGGUUGAGAUGCUCUACCAGUGCCAGGGCCAUAGAAACAUCCUGGAGCUGGUGGAGUUUUUUGAAGAGGAAGACAAAUUCUACCUGGUGUUUGAGAAGCUCAGAGGAGGGUCAAUCUUGGAACACAUUCACAAGAGACAGCACUUCAGCGAGCAGGAGGCCGGUCUCGUGGUGCAGGACAUUGCCAGUGCUCUAGAUUUCCUUCAUAACAAGGGAAUGGCACAUAGAGACCUGAAACCUGAAAACAUUCUCUGUGAGAGUGCACACAAGAUAUGCCCGGUCAAGAUCUGUGACUUUGACUUAGGCAGUGGGAUCAAGCUGAACAGUGACAGCUCACCCAUCUCCACCCCUGAGCUCCUCACUCCUUGCGGCUCAGCAGAGUACAUGGCACCUGAGGUAGUUGAGGCCUUCAGUGAAGAAGCUACAAUUUACGACAAGCGCUGUGACCUGUGGAGUCUUGGAGUCAUUCUGUACAUCAUGCUAAGUGGCUAUCCUCCAUUCGUAGGCCGCUGUGGUGGCGGCUGUGGCUGGGAAUUAGGUGAACCCUGCCACACCUGCCAGAACACUUUAUUUGAGAGCAUCCAGGAAGGAAAAUAUGAGUUUCCGGAAAAAGACUGGGCUCACAUCUCCUCAAGUGCCAAAGACCUGAUAUCCAAACUUCUGGUCCGGGAUGCCAAAAGUCGUCUGAGUGCCAGUCAGGUGCUGCAGCACCCCUGGGUGCUGGGGGGUGCAUCUGACACUUUGCCAACAUCCAUCUUACAUCAGAGGACCAGCAGUGCCAGGGAUCUUACAGUUUUUGCAGAUAAGGCCAUGGCUGUGAACCGGCAGCUGGCUGAACAGGAUGGCAUGGAAGAGCAGCAGCAGCAGGAAGUCCAAUUUUUUGUUACCGCUUCUGGCUCGUCUAUGCGCCUCUCUCCUCCUUCCAACUCCAAGCUGGCCAAGCGCAGGCAGCGAAGCAGCCAGCCGAAAGGUGGGCCCGUCUCUGCCGCGGAGCUUCGUCAGCUCUUGGCCCCCCUCGUCAUCGUGGGAGACUGUGCCUGAACUUUCCCGACCUUCCGUUAUGAUUCAAGUCCUGUUCCACGACUGCCCUGAGACUCUUCCUCCUCAGUUCUGGCCCCUCUCUGGCCUCGGUCCCUCUGCUAUUCAGGUUCUCUUGCCAGCUGUAAAGGGAGAUGCUGCCUGCAGCCCUUCCUCUAAAUGCCUUCUGCCCUUCUCCAGCACUUCUGAAGCACAUCAGCACAGGGCCUGCAUAUAGCAAACACAGCUAUGUGCACUUCCAGGUUGGGGAGGAGGGCCAGUUAAUGACUCGUUGGACAGCAAAGUAUUUUCUAAGUUAUGUUGGUUUUUUGUUUGUUUUUUUCCUCAUGCAACUCAGUUCAGAAGAAAUCCGAACAUAGAUCUUCGAAACUAAGCUCAGACACCAAAGGACAACCUGUUGUGCUGCUCCCACGUUACAACUGGAUCCACUGUGAAUUAAGUUAUCUGGAAUGUUUUUUGCCUGUAUGUAUAUGCACGAAUGGCCCAUCUGCACAUACGUACAAGCUUAUGCAAUAUGCCGAGAUGAAGGCUGUUCCUGUCUUGAAAGGAUUCAGUGUAAUAAGGGUUGGAAGGGCUGUAAGCCAGUGCUGUCCGUGCCUGAGGCGCGUUGGCUGGAGACUCUUCAAAGUCUAUUUUGUUUUCUUUGUUCCCCCCCGUUUAAGAUGAGCUCUUUACAGCCGACUCUUGUGUAAAUGUCUGAGAUGCGCACUUAUCCAGCUCGGUCGCCGUGCACUUAGUGCUCAAAGGGCAACGGCUGUUUGUACCUGACCAGCUACGACUUGCCGCUGCAUCGGUUGAUGCGGUUUUUCCUUUUCUUCUAAAUUGAAUCUAAAACUAGUGAAUUGAUUUGACUUGGUCAUGCUUGAUGGCUGCCGGGGAGGGGGGAGGGGCCAAAGCUCAUAGCGUGUAUAUCUGGCUUAUUAAGCUAAUUAUACAGUACUUAAAAUGGCUACGCAAGUGAACUGGGUCAGUGUUACUUUCAUUGUAAAGAAUUUGACGUCCCCUUGCUACAACCAGAAUUUGUUUUUGUUUUUUCUACAGAUCAAUUUAUGGAUUUAACUUUAAAUAUUUUGGCAGUAAAAGUUUAAACUCCUGUGAAGGGGUUGAAAAGCACAUUUUGCCCAAUGUGACCAGACUGUCAUUUGUUGAUCAGAUUUAUUUGGACCAUCAUCUUCGUCCUCCUCGUCCUUCAGGGUCUCAACGUUGUCUCUAACGACACGCCGCCCCUCCCAGAAUGAUGUCACAAAUUUUCUUUCAAUGUUAGAGGCAGACGGGAAAAAUAAAAUAAAAUAAACACAAAAAGGAAAAACAUUCCACAAAAAGA